AUGCGCACACAGGAAUGGAGGGAUGCGCACACAGGGCUGCAGGGCUGCAGACACGGGGAUGCGCGCACAGGGCUGCCGGGUGCCCAUCGCCCGAGCCCGCCCCGGCGCCAGGAGCAGGAGGAAGCCACCCUGCUGAAGCAGAGGCAGCGCCAGGUGUGCGAGGAGAGGUGGCGGGAGCAAGCGGAGAAGCAGGAGCGGCUGCGGAGGGAGAGGCUGGAGAGGGCCGUCCAGGAGGACAAGCAGAAGAAGCUCCAUCAAGAGCACAACCUGAAGGUGAAGGAGGAGGGCAAGAAGGAGCACCGGGAGCGAGAGGAGCAGCUCCUGCAAGAGAAGCUGUCCACGGCCGCACAGAAGAGGCUGAAGAAAGAGGUGCAGCUGCAGAAGGAGAAGAAACUGCUCAACCAAGCAGAGAAGCUGAAGCACGAAGCCUUGCUCAAGGAACUGGCCAAGCAAGAGGCAGAAGAGAAGGAAAUGUUGAAGGCCUCCCUGGAGAUGAGUUUGACAAAGGCUCAGGAGAACUAUGAGCAGCUAGUGGAGAAAAGGAACCAGGAGCUGCGGGAGAAGGCCAGGCGGGAAGACAUGCAGAUCCAGAGAGCCAAACUGGCAGCAGAAAAGAAGGAAAGAGAGCAGAAGGAGCACUUGGAGGCCCUAGCUAGAGAGACAGAGAGAAAGCUCCAGCACGCUGCCCAGGUGGCCGAAGAGGUCGUCCAAGAAAAAGCCCGCAAGGUGGUCUUGAGCCGUCUGGAGAAGGAGAAAGUGCAGAAGAUGAACAAGCAAAAGGUGGAACAGUACGAGGACUUACGGCGCAGGGAGAUCCUCCUUUCUAUAGAGAGGAAGCUGGAGAGGAGCGAGCAAAUCUUCAAGGAGAAGAAGACUGUCUUAGAAAAUGCCAGAUCUGUUGCUCGUGCAUCCUUCCAUGUCCGGGAAAAGGUACGGGAGGAGACAAACACGCGCACCUUUGACAAAAUGGCCUUGGAAGCAGAACUGCAUGCCCACCUGAAUAAGAAGUGAAAGAUCUCGUCAUGGAUGAGUGGGGAAACAUCACCGGUUGUCCAUCAUAGUGCAUCAGAAAGCUCCUCCACAUUAACAUUUGAAAAACAGCAACAACCAACAACCACCCUAAUUUCUUAUUUUGAGGGAGCAGGGUACCGCACAAAAACGUGGCAGCUAUUUCACAUACUGUUUAAAAUAUGUUUUUGUUCUGGGCAUGUUUUAAGGACUGACUUCAGUCAUCUUUACAGAGGGGAAGCGAGUUUUUGUGUCCUCCACCCCACAAGCACAUGCAUUUUCUCAGAGAGGGCUGCAGAAGUCUGCUUGAAGCCUAUGAGUUACUGGUCAAUUGUCUACACUGGAGCUGACCACAGCUGCACUCUUUUCAGUUGGAAGUGUAGACAACAGAGACUACUGACUACUAGAGCCUACUAAGAACCAAAACCACCCCAGCUGAUUCUGGCUUGAGUGACGGGCAGCUUGGUUUAAGUUAGGGGACUGCAUUUGCAAGGCUGCUGCACUCCCAUGCUGAAGGUGAGGAGGGCUGGAGUACAGAAUGCCAUACGUCCCUCGCCUGCUGCUGGUACUGAGCUAGAGAAGGCACAGACCAAGACUUCAUAACACCAUGUAAGUAGACGUUAUGAUCAGAACUGGGCAGAAGCUCUUAGAAGCGCUCAUAAUUUCACUUUUGCUUUUUGCAGCUGUUGCCCCUCCCAGGCACCCUCAGCUCUCCUCCUUCUUUCAAAGUUUCUCUUACAAACAUCUCUACAAUUUCUUCUUUUCUUUUGGAGGAAGGGGGAGAAGGAGAGAAAUUUGUGGGCAAUCCACAAAUGACAGGUACCCAUGCAACCCACUUGUUCCUAAAGGUACAAAAAUGAAUGAGCCUGCAGAAUCUGGCCUUUGUGACACAUGUGGAUCAUGUAAAUGGAAAUCUGCAAACAGAUUUCUUAGAGAAAUUGCCAUCCUCGGGAAUUCUCAAAACUCGAGGAGACCCUCAGCAACCUUAUCCAACUUGGCCCGCCUUGAGAAGGAGGUUGGACCAGGUGUCCUCCAGAGGUCCUUUCCAUAGUUCUGUGAGCUGCAUACAAUGAGAUGUUCACCCAGCUCUUACCAUCAUCUACUGAGCAGGGCAGCAUUUAUCUGUCCGCUGGUGCUAACAGUAUUGUUAUAUAGGGCACAAGAAAGAGCAGAUGCACACAAUAUGGUACAUUACAGAUCCUCUUAGAUGAGGAUCAUGGCUUUUUUAUAACUCUAAAUACCAUUUGGUGGGAACUGAGUCCUUUUGCCAUUAAUGCACUGGAACUCUGAAAAGCCUACCUAUGCCCCAUGCACAGCAUUCAAGUGAGACAGUGUUCUGCUCCAGGUUUCUACAUUUACUCUCUGUUGGGUUGGAGUUACAAGCACACGUCAUAGACAGGCACUUUCUGCUGGUUUUUUUCUGGCUUUGGGCAGCGCCAGCUCUCUCUUCCAUCAUCCAUGCCACCGUGCUGGGUUGCUGUGCUGAAGGCAUUGGACCUGGAGCAUGGGGGAGAAGCAACAAGAACAGCCACGAUCUUAUUUCCUUGUGGACGUCUCUGACAUACAACACAGAGAUUAGAAAACCAGAAGAAGGUUGACAUACAGCACAGACCUGCAGUCCUGCAUGCAUAGAUUGCUUACCAGAAUUUCCCAGGAGGUGACAGCAGGUCAAAAAUAACUUAGAAAGCUUUAAGGAAGGGGUUAAAUGAACAGCAACAACAGUAGACCAAACACAUCCUGGUGCCCUGCAAGGCUGGAGACAUCAUCUGAACAGUGCUGAAAAUGAAGCAAGCAGGGAUAUUUUUUAAUUUUGAUGGAACUUCUCUUUUUUGAAUCACGGUACAAUUGGUGCUGCUGAGGGCAGGCAGCAUGAAAGUAGGAAUUAGGGCACCUUGAGCGAUGUUUGCUCUGUCAGUCAUUGGCUCGCUGUGUAACGCCAUGCAAGUCCUCAGGGGCUGGGCUUGCUCCUAGUGGUAUAAACAGAAGCAGAGUCAGACUCUUGGGAUUGCUGAAACUCGCAGGAAAUAGCAUCACUCGGCUGGGCAAAAUGCUUCAAAGACUUUGGACAAAUGAUGCUAACAAAGCACAAAAUACUAUUUAUUUAUUUAUUUAUUUAUUUAUUUGAGUGGUUAUUAAAGUGAGACAUAUCCAUUGGUGAAAAGCACUAAUUAACACCAAAAUCUAAAAAUACUGGUAGCUGUGGGAAGGACAGCUGUAUUAUUUUUCCAGCUAGGAGUCUGCCCCCUCAUCCUCAAAACAGCAAUCAGUUUGAACAGUGAAUCCAAUCCUGCUGCAACACUGGACAAGGUCCUUGAUAAAAAACAGCUUUCUUCACGUGUUGUUUGUACCACAGUGGUCCAUGUGUGCCCUUGCAGCUGCAAAGACCUGGAAAAGAGAUGCCCAGUGGCCCAAAUCCAGCCUGCACAAAACUUCCGUUGCUCCCUGGCAGUACUUGGAGUUGGGAUAAAACUUGCAGUCACUCCAGCCCAGCCAGCAUUUCAUCUUGUUUGUAGCCUUGAGGGCUGCAGAAAAAGCCUGCCAGCACAUAAUGUGAGGGUUCUUGCUCUCUGCAUCAUCGCACUGUGGUUGAAUUUCACUGCUUGAUCUCUUUAGCAGAGAGCAAAUGGGGAGAGCUGGAAAACAGCAAAAAGAAAUAAAAACGUGGUGGGCAAAAGAGCAGACACAGUCUGCUGUCUCUGGAACAAAAAACUCUAGAACAGCAGUUUUUCCCUAAAGGUCUACUACAAUCUACCUGAAGGCUUUGUCCAAACUUUCUCUGACUGGGCAUUUCUGGUGUAGACUGAGAACAUUUUACAGCCCAGGAGACAUGUCUUGGCCACUGAAUGUAAUUAUACCUGGGGUCAUCUCCUGCUGCUGACUGAGUUUGACACCUUGGGGCUACAGCUGAACUUAUCAAAACACAGCUACGUGGUUGUAAUUGGAUUGGCAAACUACUGUUCCUAUACCAUGCAGUGUGCAGCUGAAGUUUUGAAUGUGCAAUCUAAGAAAAAAAUAUUUUUUUUCAAAAGA